CAGUUUCCUUUGUGUUAAAAGAAAUAAUUAGGACUAGAGAUGAGGUGCUAUCUUAAGUAACUGCACCGUGGUAGCCAAAACCAGUUAGCUUCAAACCAGUCGGCAACACAGACAGCCUGAAGAUCCAGCUUCUACCCUUUUACGAAGAGUACAGUGUAACAGAUUUGAUACCGUCUGAAGGGAGAGACAGACGUUAGAAUAAAUAAGAGGAGGAAUUCUGAAAUUUCCAGCUCGAACGUCAAAAGACCAAGAAAAGAAAAAAUGCCAAAACCUAUCAAUGUAAGAGUUACGACAAUGGAUGCAGAAUUGGAAUUUGCUAUUCAGCCCAACACCACGGGUAAACAACUUUUUGACCAGGUGGUGAAGACGGUUGGUCUACGUGAAGUCUGGUUUUUUGGCCUUCAGUACGUGGACAGCAAAGGCUACUCAACUUGGCUAAAGUUGAAUAAAAAGGUAACACAGCAAGAUGUGAGGAAAGAGAAUCCUCUGCAGUUCAAGUUUAGAGCUAAAUUCUUUCCUGAAGACGUGUCGGAGGAGUUGAUUCAGGAAAUCACCCAGAGACUUUUCUUCUUGCAAGUGAAAGAGGCCAUCUUAAAUGACGAAAUCUACUGCCCACCAGAAACUGCUGUCCUACUCGCUUCAUAUGCCGUUCAAGCCAAAUAUGGAGAUUACAAUAAGGAGGUUCAUAAACUGGGUUAUUUAGCUAAUGACAGACUUCUCCCCCAGCGUGUUUUGGAGCAGCACAAACUGACAAAAGAACAGUGGGAAGAAAGAAUACAGAACUGGCAUGAAGAACACAGAGGAAUGUUAAGGGAAGAUUCUAUGAUGGAAUAUCUGAAGAUUGCCCAAGAUCUAGAGAUGUAUGGAGUCAACUACUUUGAAAUUAAGAAUAAAAAAGGAACUGAAUUAUGGCUAGGAGUUGAUGCUUUGGGUCUAAAUAUCUAUGAGCAUGAUGACAAGUUGACACCCAAAAUUGGUUUUCCUUGGAGUGAAAUCAGAAACAUUUCGUUUAAUGACAAAAAGUUUAUCAUAAAGCCAAUUGACAAAAAGGCCCCUGAUUUUGUUUUUUAUGCCCCUCGUCUGAGAAUCAAUAAGCGGAUCUUGGCCUUAUGCAUGGGGAACCAUGAGCUCUACAUGCGAAGAAGAAAACCGGACACGAUUGAAGUUCAGCAGAUGAAGGCCCAGGCAAGGGAGGAGAAACAUCAGAAGCAGCUGGAGAGGGCACAACUAGAGAAUGAGAAAAAGAAAAGGGAAAUAGCAGAGAAGGAAAAAGAAAGAAUAGAGCGUGAAAAGGAGGAACUAAUGGAACGUCUAAGACAAAUCGAAGAACAGACGAUGAAGGCCCAGAAAGAGUUGGAAGAACAAACGCGAAAAGCUCUAGAACUAGACCAGGAAAGAAAGCGAGCCAAAGAGGAAGCGGAACGGCUGGAAAGGGAGCGUCGAGCCGCAGAAGAGGCGAAGUCUGCUUUAGCCAAACAGGCCGCUGACCAGAUGAAAAACCAAGAACAACUAGCAGCAGAGCUCGCUGAAUUCACUGCCAAGAUUGCCCUUCUAGAAGAAGCUAAGAAGAAGAAAGAAGAGGAAGCUUCAGAAUGGCAACACAAAGCUUUUGCAGCCCAAGAAGACUUGGAAAAGACCAAAGAAGAACUGAAAACUGUGAUGUCCGCUCCACCUCCCCCGCCUCCCCCUCCAGUGAUUCCUCCGACGGAGAAUGAACACGACGAGCAUGAUGAGAACAAUGCCGAAGCUAGUGCCGAGCUGUUGAACGAAGGGGUCGUGAACCACAGGAGCGAGGAAGAGCGGGUGACGGAAACGCAGAAAAAUGAACGGGUGAAGAAACAACUCCAGGCCUUGAGUUCGGAGUUGGCCCAAGCCAGAGACGAAACCAAGAAAACCCAAAACGACGUCCUUCACGCUGAGAACGUUAAAGCCGGCCGGGAUAAAUACAAGACUCUUCGGCAGAUCCGACAAGGCAAUACGAAACAACGUAUCGAUGAGUUUGAAGCAAUGUGAGAGCUGUUAUUUUGCAUAUAUGUCCUUCAUAAAGCUGAACCACCAACAGAGAAAAACAGGCCUUUGCAGAUUUGAUGGCUUGCAUCCCACCUUGCCAAAGCACUUAUACCAGUUUAACUGUGAUGGUGAAAAAGAAAAAAAAAAAAAGGGGGAAGCUCUUCAGCAUUAAAAGCUGUGUGAUAAUAUGCUUAGUUUGGUUUUUUCCACGCUCUCUCUCAGUCUCUCUCUGACCAACCUUCAUUUUCACAUUUAUAGAUGACAUUUUGUAGUUUUUUGUUUUCCUCUUUGAAGGCUAACGCAGUUACCGUGACUGAGAGUGUGUUUGCUGGGCGGUAGCACUCGUAGAGUGUAGAAGAUAAAAGCAGUAGUGGCUUCCAAACGCUUAGCAGAGCACACUCCAGUGCCCCUCAUCAGUCAGUCAGUCAUAUUUGAGCGCUGACUUUGUGCAGAGCACUGUACUAAGUGCUUGGGAGAGUACAGUCUAAGAAUAAAGAGACGUAUUUCCGGACCACAGUGAGCUAACAGUCUACAUCCAUUUCCCAUCCCCGGCAUAAACUCCACAGGAGCCCUGCCCCCUCUCCUACCACAAAUAUCCCAGCGGCCGCUGUGACCGUUGUGAUGAGUUUAAAUGGCAGGUUGGCCAGUCUUAUUCACCUUUCAGAGGUGCCUCUGAAUAAGUCUGAAUCAUUCCAAAGACAGAUACUACUUAGCCCAAAGCAGCCCUUCCCUCCCUCCACCCUGUCUCAAUUUCUCACCCGUAAACAUUUGAUAUUUCUGACUUAGGAAUUGUCUUUGUUCUCCCUCAGAUCGUUUGGUGUUUCAUCUCCUGUCACCCUUUGAUGGUUUUUUUCCCCUACCUGUUCACAAAGGUCUAGACAGCAGGCGAUGGUUCUGCAAGAGAUUUUAGUAAUGGAAUUUUAAAUUUCACCUGGAAGUAGUAAUUGUCCGCUAAAGCCUGGAGUAGUAUUGUGCUUUCCCAGAUUACUUCAGAUGUUAUACUAAAGGAGGUGUAUAUCUAUAGAUCGUUUUUUUUAAAUAUAUAUAAGAGGAGAAACCUGGACCCUUCUGGCAAAGGAGCAUAGUCAUUCAUUCAUUCAUUCAAUCGUAUUUAUUGAGCGCUUACUGUGUGCAGAGCACUGUACUAAGCGCUUAUGAAAACAUAAGUCCCAAGCAAAGGACAAUGUGUACUCCCUCAUUACUCUGCACACAGUGACUGCCUUGGAGACAUCACGUAAAGGGAAGCGCAUGAUCCAAGUUGGACAAUCUAGUGAUUUGGCAAAUCUUGAUGCAUCUAAGAUUGUAGCUUCGAGAUGUUUGAUUGGGCUAAGCGAUGAACUGCCUAUUUUGCUCAGUCAAAUUGAUUUGAAUCGAAAUGGUGAGCUCACUGGUCUCCUGGCUUUCUGGAAGGGUGGCGAAUGAUAAUGAGUGUGAGCGAUGGGUAGGGAAGUGUGGGAGAGAGGGUGUUUGUUGGAUGAAUGCCAACUUGUACUUCCCAAGCGCUUAGUAUAGUGCUCUGCACGCAGUAAGCGCUCAAUAAAUACGAUUGAAUGAAUGAAUGAAGUUUGUAGAUUCAUUUCCUGAAAGAGAAAUUUCAUAAUCAUGAGCACACCUGAAAUGUGAAUCAGUCUUGCUGAUUUUUCUCUCUCUCGUAAAGGUUUCACACAUUUGUGUGGUUUUAGAGUAGAAAACUAAUAUUGCAUCUCAAUUACAGUUAGCCUUUAGGACGUUGCCCUUAAUACUAACUUGGUCUCAGUGCUUUUUCUUUCACGUCAAGUAUCUGGAUUAAGCAGGCAAUGCCUGGCUCUCCACGGGUUGCUUCGCUUCCCGUCCGUUUGGUAUUAGGCCCUCAGAUUGGCGUUUAUCGGUUGAAUUUGCCAUUUGACUGAACAUUUCUCAAGGUAUGUCAGAACAGGUUCCUUGACUCUUUUUGAUUUUGAUGACUUUGCUGAGGAAAAAAAUCUGGGCUGAAAAGGAAGGACGUGCAUUUAAUACACUUUGGCUCUGUGGACUGGUUAAAUUUGACUCGACUGAUGGGCAGAUAUUGUGCCAGCCUUCAAAACACUGCUUUGUGGGGAAUAGUGCUUCUACUUGCAGAGUAUCAAUGGAACACAGGUUACGGAUCACAAGUUUCAUACAAUGAAGCGGGGGCAUUGAGUUUUCCAAAACUUUUAGAACCGUUUGCCAGAGCAGGUGAAAAUACUGUGCUUCCAAUGACUUUUUAUGGGUUUAUUUUGUUUUUCUUGACAUGUGUGUACUAACAUUGAUACAUCAGUUCGAUAUCAGUGUUGAAAAACGACCAGUUAUGUUUGCCGUUCACAAUCUAUGAUGUAUAGAUGAGAAUUAAAAUGGAUCUCAUCCAUUUAUAAAGCUGUGUGAAUAUUUCUAAAACAAGAAGAAACAACCAUUUGUAACAUGGGUUUUUACAAUGAUCAAAAGCUACGUGGCUGCUGUCCCCAGCAGUUGGGGAAACAUGCUGGAGCAGUAGCCUUCAGCAUAAAUCGAAGAAUACUUGGUCGAGUAAACUUCUUACGUGCUUUAGCCCUCUUCAUCAUGAUUUGUGUGUAAAAUUAAGCUCCGGUUACAUCUACUAUUUUGGAUAACAUUCAUUGAUUAACAAUAAAGAGAUAAAAGCUCAU